UCAGAAUUAUCUUGAUGUGUAGAUGCCUCAUUAGGUCAACUGUACUGCGCUAACUAUCUACACGCGUAUAACAGCAGUCAUUUGACAAAGUGCGGAGACAGUUGCGCUAUGUCAUUUCCCGCGACGUGUAUCACUCAUAAGUUUACAAACUGCAUUGUACAUAUAUUGUCAGCUAUAAAUUAAGGAAUACAGUUGAGCUAUUUUAGUUUGGAUUAUAUUGUCCUGAUAAAAGAGACAAUGGUGUUUUGAUAUUUUGCCAAUGUCAAUGAAUAACGGAAAUUUUCAAAACCAAUACGGCGUGCGUCAUGUGUUAUCAGGCAAAAGGUGAAUUGUAAUGAGUAAAUGAGUCCUAAGUAUAUUCGGGAAAACAUUCGUUACCGCACAGUCGUUUUGGUUCGUUUUGGAACGACGGUGGCAUUGGGUGGUGUAUCGUCUUAAGAGCAAUUCAGUGGAGUCUAUUGACAUGACGGCUGUGGAGAAGACAUUCUGGCCGCAGUGGCUCGCCGGAUUCACAGUUUCUCUAGCUGUUCUGACAGCAAGUCUUGCCAACGGCUGGGCCUCGCCAUUUCUCGCUAAACUUACAUCGGACGAUGUUGAGACGGCUUUCAAAAUUACCCCUAAUCAAGGAGCAUGGGUCGCCUCUUUAUUGAGUCUUGGGAGGGUUAUAGGGGCCGUCGCAGGGGCCUUAAGCCAAGGCACAAUAGGGCGGAAGAAAACAAUGCUGGUUGGUGCCUUACCAUUAACAUUCGGAUGGAUAUGCAUGAUUUUUGCGAAAUCAGUGGAGUGGCUGUACAUCGGGAGGUUGUGCAACGGUCUGGGUUCCGGUAUGAUCUGGGGGGCCUUGUCCUUAUACAUGGGCGAGAUUGCCGAUCCGUCCAUUCGUGGUUCCUUGAUAUUUUUGAACCUCAAUGCAUCGUCAAUGGGCUCACUCUUGGGCAAUGCCAUGGGCCCCUUCCUCGAUCUGCAGCAGUACGGUUACGUGGCAGUGAGCCUCGCCGCUGCAUUCAUAAUAUUCUUCUCGUGGAUCCCCGAAUCCCCAUAUCACUACGUUCUCCAGGGGGAUUUCGCACGCGCUGAAGCAUCAUUACUCUGGUAUAAGCGCCAUGCAGAUGCCCCCAAGGAGAUCAACGAGUUAAAAGAAUUUGUGGGUAGUGCAAAUAGUGAUAGUGAAAGUUUUAAACAUAAACUCAAAGAAUUUUGUAAACCUACUAAUGCCAAAAAUAUGGCGAUAGUGUCAAUGCUCAAUUUAUUCUUGUACUGUGGUGGACACAAUGUGAUAAGUUCUUACGCUGAAAUUAUUAUGAGAAAAAGUGAUAUAAGAAUUACCCCGAGCAUUGUCGUCAUGGCACUCGGAGUGAUUAUGGUGAUUGCAGGAGCUGUUGCCAUGAUAUUUGUGGACAGAUGUGGUAGACGUCCGUUGCUCAUUUACUCGAGCUUCGGCGUCUGUUUUUCAAUGGUUAUGCUCGGUGUUCAUUUUAAUUUAUUAGCUUACGGAGUCGAUCCACAUGCCAUCGAUUGGCUACCGAUAUUUGCACUCUGCCUGUAUAAUUUUGCCCUCCCCUGUGGCAUGCUAUCCAUGCCCAAUACCUUACUCGGUGAACUCUUCCCUCCGACUUUGAAGACCUUUGCGUCAUUGACAUUCACCUGUUCAGCAGCUUUUAUUUCAUUCUGUGCUAUCAGAGCUUUUCAACCGGUUCUCGAUCUUGUCGGUGAGCGGGCUAUAUUUUUUAUGAUAGCCUCGUCUGCACUGUGCGUGGCACCUUUCACUUAUUUCCUGGUUCCAGAAACUAAGGGAAAAACCCUCAUUGAGAUUCAGGAAAAUAUGGACAAUAAGAAGAAAGAUGUGAUCACUCGCCUCUAGAAAAUUUUUAUUAUUUUGUUUAGCCAGUAUUUUCACCUUCAGACAUCCAUUAUGAAAAUAACCAUUGUAUUCAUGACUCAUUUAUCCACGAAAACGUGUAUGUUAAUGGUAGAUGAUAAGGUACUUAGCAAUUGUUAUCAAUAGGAACAAAUAAAUAUUUUAAAGUUUUCCAAG